CUCCAGAGAGGGGCAAAGCAGAGGGAAAAUCUCACUGUCGGCUGCAACAAAGUUUUCAGUUUCUCAGAUCUCCGCCCCUCCCCGGUAUAUAGUGAAACCUGAAACGGCAGUGGGCCUGUAUUUGAUGCCGCAGUCUCUUCUGGAAACUGCCAUUUCACAACAUUAUGAAAGGACACGGAGGUGACAUGGAGAACACAUCCAAGGUGGAACCCUCCAAUGGGCACAGCAGGCAUCUGGACAUCGUACCCAGUACAGAGAAGAAGAUGACAGAGAGGGAACAGUGGGGCAACAAGAUCGAGUUUGUUCUGUCAGUCGCUGGAGAAAUUAUCGGCCUAGGGAAUGUCUGGCGUUUCCCUUACCUUUGCUAUAAGAAUGGGGGAGGUGCCUUUUUUAUACCAUACCUCAUCUUCCUGUUUGCUUGUGGGAUCCCAGUCUUCGUCCUGGAGACGGCUCUGGGUCAGUACACCAGUGAGGGAGGCAUCACCUCCUGGAGGAAAAUCUGUCCACUGUUUGAAGGAGUCGGUUAUGCCACGCAAGUGAUUGUUGCUCUGCUGAACAUCUACUAUGUCAUCGUGUUAGCUUGGGCCAUCUUCUAUCUGUCCAACUCCUUCACCUGGGAUCUGCCCUGGGCAUCCUGCAACAACAGCUGGAACACAGAUUCCUGUAUGGCAUUUCAGAGAGGGAAUAGCUCCAUCAAUCACCAUGAGAAUGCCACCUCUCCUGUCAUUGAGUUCUGGGAGCGCAGAGUGCUGAGACUAUCCUCAGGUAUUGACCACAUUGGCUCUCUGAACUGGGAUCUGGUUAUCUGUCUAGCUGUUGCAUGGGCAAUCUGCUACUUCUGCAUCUGGAAAGGAGUCAAAUCCACUGGCAAGGUGGUUUACUUCACAGCCACCUUCCCUUACGUCAUGCUACUGAUCCUCCUGAUCAGAGGAGUCACCCUGCCAGGAGCCUCCAGGGGAAUCUACUUCUACCUUUACCCCGACUUGGGAAGGCUGUCUGACCCACAAGUAUGGAUGGAUGCUGGGACUCAGAUCUUCUUCUCCUAUGCCAUCUGCUUGGGCUGCCUCAUCGCUCUCGGGAGCUACAACAAAUAUAACAACAACUGCUACAGGGAUUGUCUGUCCCUCUGUUUCCUGAACAGUGGGACCAGUUUUAUCGCAGGUUUUGCCAUCUUCUCCAUCCUGGGCUUCAUGUCUUAUGAACAAAAUGUGCCCAUCUCAGAAGUAGCUGAAUCUGGUCCAGGCUUGGCUUUCAUAGCUUAUCCUCGGGCUGUGUCCAUGAUGCCCUUUUCCCCUCUGUGGGCCUGUUGCUUCUUCAUUAUGAUUGUCUUCCUGGGACUGGACAGUCAGUUUGUGUGCGUGGAGAGCCUGGUGACAGCCAUGGUGGACAUGUAUCCCUCCACUUUCCGCCGCAAAAACCGCAGGGAGCUCUUUAUCCUGGCUAUAGCUGUAGUAUCCUUCCUCAUGGGGUUCAUCAUGCUGACAGAGGGAGGCAUGUACGUCUUCCAGCUCUUUGACUACUACGCAGCCAGCGGGAUGUGUCUGCUUUUUGUGGCUGUAUUUGAGACAGUUUGCAUUGCCUGGGUUUAUGGUGCUGAUCGUUUCUAUGACAACAUAGAGGAUAUGAUUGGAUAUCGCCCCAGUCCUGUCAUCAAAUACUGCUGGCUUUUCUUCACCCCUGCAACAUGCCUCGGAACCUUUGCCUUCGCCUUGAUCAAGUACUCACCGCUGAAGUACAACAAUGAAUAUGUGUACCCAUGGUGGGGGAAUGGGAUUGGCUGGAUCCUGGCCCUGUCCUCCAUGCUUUGUAUCCCCUUGUGGGUGGCAGCGAAACUGUACUACACUUCAGGAACAUUGAGAGAACGCCUUGCUCUCUUGACCACUCCCUCCACUGACCUACCGAAGACGAAGCAGGAACAGAAGAGGCAGCUGGCCAUCUUCGCAGCAGACGGUAACAGCCUCCACCAGAAAGCGCCUGCCACUAAGGACGGCUACUUUCCUGUGGAUGAAAAGGAGUCUAACUGUUAGAGACCAGAGGACAGCUCUCUCUACACUGUAAACCCGGAUAAGUUCAGAAUACUCAAAAUAUUUGUGGAAACCGAUUACCUAAAUAUAUUUAAGUUGGCGAACUAGUAUUUUUAAGUCAAUAGUUAACCCCUUAAGCUUCAGUGUACCGCCGGCGGUACACCUACUAAUUUGCAUAGGAAUUUCAAGAAUGUCCGACGGCUGCAAACACGAUUAUACAAACACUAUACACCGAUGGAAAGCUUAGAUUCUCAUGAAUCCGCCGGUAUAAACCACUUUCAGAUGCGAUUACCACAGCGGGUGAGAAAAACAUUUGUCCGACAAAAACAAAUAUCCAUCCAUCCGUUCUCUAUACACGGCUUCAACGCACACAGGCGCGACUCACAUUUCCGGGUUUAUUAUUACACAAAAAAAAAAAGAUUCCACAAAAAACGGCCAUAAUCCAACCUUUUACAUCCAGAUGACACAAGCCAGUAAACUAUUUUAUCCAAAACAUGUCCUGAAGUCGGUAUAAAAUCCCCGAAUCGGUCAUUUUCAAGGAAAUGCACCUCGCGAUGCCCGUCCAAUAUUCCCUGUAUUUUUCGUAAUUUUUUUUAUUUAAAAAUAGAAUAUUAGCGAUUUUUUGUACUGAAAACGGCUGGAAUUGACUUUAGCUUAAAGGGUUAAGUAAAGAUUACAAUUUGCUCAAACUUAAAAAAUUCCAAUUUAUUAUUGUUGUAUUUAAGUUCAGUGUACCUAUAAUUGUUGUAUGCAGUUAAACUUUUGACUAAAAACUUAAAAAUGUUUUGUCCUUUCUUUGUCCAUUUUAAGUUUAUUGAACCUAAUUAUAUUAACAUAUGUAUCUUACUCCCAACUUAAUUAUUUUUGUUUACCUAAACUUGAAUUAUUAAAACUCCAAACUCAAAGACUACAAUUUUGCAGAGCAUAUGUUUCUUUUGAAUAGCCUCGAAAAAAACACAAAUCGUCAGCUGGUCAAUUCUUUGUUUUAUUUGUCAGUUUUUUUAGAACAUGUAAGCAAAACUGUGUUUUUUAAAACCCACAGCAAGACAACUGUUGAAUACUUAAAAUUUCAUUUGAACAUAUGAACUGUGGUAGUGGCUUUGUUUUCAUAGUGAGACUGUGCAAAUGUUUAUCUCUGUACAACACCAUAAGAAAGCUCACCACUGAUCGUUUCACUGCUUGAUUUGUAACAGCUCAAGUUCUCCAACACAUACAUAUUAAAAUGUACAUUUUUAACCAACACUAACUUCAAACUUCAAAUGUUUAUCUCUGUACAACACCAUAAGAAAGCUCACCACUGAUCGUUUCAAUGCUUGAUUUGUAACAGCUCAAGUUCUCCAACACAUACAUAUUAAAAUGUACAUUUUUAACCAACACUGUAACCUCAAACUUCAAAUAGAGAUAAUACAAACAUAAUACUUAAGUCAUAAUAUUUGAAACACUUCAGCAUUAACACAACUGUAUCGUAUCAAAAACAAAACAGUGCAGACAUGAGCACCUGAGGUAGCAGUGUUUCAUCAAACAGAAUCCAACUGCUGUAAAAGUUUUUUUUUCCUGCAACAAGUCAUAAAAAGUGCAAAGCUGUGGUGCUGAAGUUCUCCUACAAUCACUUGUUGGCACAAAGCCAACUCUUACUGGAGCAGGUCAUUUUUUAGACCAAGCAGGCGGGGUUUUAGUGGCUUACCAUCAUCAAGGCCCAUCACCACUUUUUGGAUGAAUGUAAAAGUAUUGGUGAGUUUGCAGGGGUAGGCCAAAUGCAGUGCAUACAUCAACCCAAAUAUCAGGGUAAAUGCAUCCGCGAACGUGGGGAUACUCAUCAUCAUCAUGCUGUCUUCCACCGCAAUGGAGAAGCUGUCCGGAGUGAAGGGGACCAUUUCUGAGGUGCUCUCAGUGACCGUCAUGACGAGGGCAACAGGAGUGUCUGUGAUGUCUGGCUCGUCCCUCUCCUCGGCCUAAAACAUGCAUAAAAUAAGGUUCACAUAUUUACUGAAAGGAACUAGAUAAAGGAUUUAUAUUAAAGAUCAUCUUUAGCUGUUGACUAAAAUGUACAGUUAAGGAUUUUCUGUUAAACUCAACAACUAGUACGCUACCCAAGGUAUAAUCCUUUUCAAAAUUUUAAGACCAGUUAAAAAACUGCAAGAAUUUAUAUUUUGCAUUGUUGAAUAUUAAAAGUAGAGCUUCAAAAUGCAAAAAGAAGAAAUGGGAGUCAGACAAAAAAUAUUUGAGUAAACAAUUUAUUGCAAACUUUUAAACUGAAAGAGGCUGUUCAUCAAAAGUUUAACCCUUUAAGCUUCAGUCAAUUCCAGCCGUUUUCAGUACAAAAAAAUCGCUAAUAUUCUAUUUUUAAAUAAAAAAAAUUACGAAAAAUACAGGGAAUAUUGGACGCACAUCGCGAGGUGCAUUUCCUUGAAAAUGACCGAUUCGGGGAUUUUAUACCAACUUCAGGACAUGUUUUGGACAAAAUAGUUUACUGGCUUGUGUUGUCUGGAUGUAAAAGGUUGGAUUAUGGCCGGUUUUUGUGGAAUCUUUUUUUCUGUGUGUAAUAAUAAACCCGGAAAUGUGAGUCGCGCUGUGUGCGUUGAAGCCGUGUAUAGAGAACGGAUGGAUGAAUAUUCGUUUUUGUCGGACAAAUGUGUUUUUCUCACCCGCUGUGGUAAUCACAUCUGAAAGUGGCUUAUACCGGCGGAUUCAUGUGAGUCUAAGCUUUCCAUCGGCGUAUAGUGUUUGUAUAAUCGUGUUUGCAGCCGUUGGACAUUCUUGAAAUUCCUAUGCAAAUUAGUAGGUGUACCGCCGGCGGUACACCUACGACGCACUGAAGCGUAAAGGGUUAAGACCACAGCCUUUAAAAGCCAAAAUCUUUGCAAAAAUGUGGAUUCAGUGUCAUUUUCUGUCAGGAAUUUACACUGUCAUGACCUCCUAAUGGCCAAGACAAAAAAAGCUUUCCCUCUUGGAAAGCAGGCGGAUUGUUGAGCUGCAUAAGCACGGCCUCUGUCAGUGCACCACUACUGCUGAGGUUUGAUGCAGGAAGACAGUCAAUUUAAACUUCUUGAAGAUCCUGAGGGUUAUGCAACAAAAAAGUCAAGUGGUAUACUCAAAAACAUUUCACCGGCUCUGAGCCAGAGGAUCCAAUUGGCUGUUACCCAAGACACGAGACGAUCAUCAGCCCAAUUUUAGAUUGUUACUGGUGCAGUCUGCAGUCCAAUAACCAUCAGACGGCAUCUGCCACAGAAGGCUGAAGAACAAAAAGGCCUCGACUCCUUACAUCACAAAAUUUCCCAUUUGGAGUUUGAACCAGAGCCCCAAACAUGGGAAACUGAAAGGGGGAAGAAAGUUUUAUUCUCUGAGGAGAAAAAAUGUGACCUUGAUAGUCCCGAUGGCGUCAAAGUUACUGUAAUGACCAGGAGAUCCACCUGAGAUGUUCUCUGCAGAGCAGUACACCAUCAUGACCUGGGCUGCUUUUUCCUUCAAUGGAACAAUGGAGCUUCAGGCUGUGCAGCGAUGUCAAACGACAGCUGGAUAAGUGGAGAUGUUGCAGGGGGCAUCCCUCUUGACCGAGGUACGACAACAUUUUCACCUCCCACACGAUACCGAUAUCACAGCCUUGAGCAUUGGCCGAUACUGACAUCCAUCUGAUAAAAUAUCAGCAGGAAUCAUACUUUUAUUAUUUUGUAGUACUGACUGUCAGAAAGGCUUGAUCAAGAGAGAUUAUCUAAACAGAAUAGUAGUCAGCAAUAGUAGGCAUGAGAAAAAAAUGACCCAUUUGUGAUUAACCAAUGGAUUAAAUAAAUUUUAACCUUAAACAAAAGAAUAUACUACAAUUAAAUAAAAAUAAAUUAGAAGACCCUGAAAAAUUAACACAAUAAAUCAAAUAAAAAAAACAUUUUUAAAUUGCAAAUGACCACUGUGAACCACAACUGAAAUUUUUUUUAAAAAUUGGAUGGACUGCUUGUAUCAGAGUGCAAAAUCCGAUAUUUGUUUUUUUGCUGAUAUCGGACUGACAUCCGGUAUCAGUAUUGGAUCGGGACACCCCUAGACUGAGGACCUUUGUCUGCUGUGGUAAUGACUGUUUUUGAACAGGAUGCUGUAGUUCACAAUGCCCACCUGGCAAAAGACUUUUUCCAGAGGAAUAACAUCACUCUUUUGAACCACCCUGCGUGUUUCCCUGAUCUUAAGUCCAACUGAGAACAUUUGGGGAUGGGGGUGAGGGAAGUUUACAGAAAUGGACAUCAAUUCCAGACAGUGGAUGUCGUCUGUGAAGCCAUUUUCACCACUUGGAGCAGUACUUCCACUAGCCUCCCAGAAACAUUGACAUCACGUAACACUUUUAUGAGGUGAUUAACAAGAAUGGUGCAGCUACUCAUUACCAAGCCAUUUUUUAAACAUUUUAUUUCUAUUUUAGGGGGUUUGCUUUUUUUAGCUAUGGUCUUAAACGUUUGAUCAGUUGAUGAACAGCCUAUUUCAGUUUAACCCUUUAAGCUUCAGUCAAUUCCAGCCGUUUUCAGUACAAAAAAAUCGCUAAUAUUGCAUUUUUAAAUAAAAAAAAUUACGAAAAAUACAGGGAAUAUUGGACGGGCAUCGCGAGGUGCAUUUCCUUGAAAAUGACCGAUUCAGGGAUUUUAUACCGACUUCAGGACAUGUUUUGGACAAAAUAGUUUACUGGCUUGUGUCGUCUGGAUGUAAAAGGUUGGAUUAUGGCCAUUUUUUGUGGAAUCUUUUUUUUGUGUGUAAUAAUAAACCCGGAAAUGUGAGUCGCGCUGUGUGCGUUGAAGCCGUGUAUAGAGAACGGAUGGAUGAAUAUUCGUUUUUGUCGGACAAAUGUGUUUUUCUCACCCGCUGUGGUAAUCGCAUCUGAAAGUGGUUUAUACCGGCGGAUUCAUGAGAAUCUAAGCUUUCCAUCGGCAUAUAGUGUUUGUAUAAUUGUGUUUGCAGCCGUCGGACAUUCUUGAAAUUCCUAUGCAAAUUAGUAGGUGUACCGCCGGUGGUACACUGAAGCUUAAGGGGUUAAUGGUUGUUUGCAAUCAAUUGCUUUCUCAAAUAUUUUCUGUCCCACUCCCAUUUCUUCUUUUUGCAUUUUGAAACUCUACUUAGAACAUUCUUAAAAGUGCAAAACGUAAAUGUUUGCAAUUUUUCAACUGGUCUUAAAAUUUUGAUCAGGAGCGUAUAUGAAUGCUACUUUCAAAAUGGCUUCCAGAGUACCUCAUUAACUAACCAGUCUGAAACCAUUUUUUUACAUGGCUUAUUAAAUGAUACUUUGUAAAAUCAUUAAAAGAAGAUGAUCAAUGACAAUGUUAGGAGUAUAACAUAACUGGAUUGUUCACAUUUUAUUAUAGAUUAGUUUAUUCCUGUGAGCCUAUUAAUAUGGUUUACUUACAUUCCAAGUUUUGUAGAAAUCUGGGUCACCUUCACACAGGUAGGCAGAAAGGGCCCAAAGAGCUGUGGUGCGUUUGAUGUCAAUAUCCGGUAUUUGCUGGAAGGACAAGACAAAAAAUUGCACUAAGUACACAUCCUGAUCCACUGGAUUUCUGUAUAUUAUACCGUACUGCAUAUUCCACUACAGUGUAGGAUUGGCCUUCUAUGUGCCAAAGCCGUGACAGAAACAGAAAUAGUGAAAUUAAGUCUUUUCUAUUCUUUGCGGAUCUUGAACUAGACCAAUUUGAUAUAUAACUUACCUGAUCAUACAGCUGUAAGAUGUUGCGCAGCGCUUCAGAAACCUUGCCAGUGCGUCCUGCUUUCUGUCUGUAUAUUGCCAGAAGUCGUGGUAUAUGCCGGUCAAGCUCUGAAUGAAACUGGUUCCGAAGGUUUAUGUUUGUGAGUCUAUGGAAUUCAGCAUAAACCUUGAGGACAAAAAAACAACAACAUAAGAUCAUAAAGAGUGCGGAGCAUAAAGAGUGUGGAGACCAACAUUAGAUAUGCCAUUAGAAUUUUUUAUGAUUUUUCUAGGCUUUUUCAAACAACAACUCUAGAUUAAAUAUAAUCAUCCUGAAUGUAAUACUGUUAUGAUUACAGAACAAUGGCAAAUGCUUUGGGGUCCCUAAUGAAAACAAAAACAAAAUCAGGAUUGACAAGUAGGGCAAAAACCAUAAAAAAGGCAAAUUGAUUUACCUGAGCUUCCAUCUGAAGGGCUGGCCAUCUCUCCAUGAUGUCCUUUACUGGUGGAUCUUCCUGGACAAUCUCCCGACGACGAAGGGAAAAGGUUGUCUGCAUCAACUUUUCGAUUAGAAUUUUGUUCUUCUCACUCUUUGCCAUUUCUUGCACAAUCUGCAGUCUCAUUUCUUCCAGACUAGCCUGGUUUUCUCCGCGAGGCAAGUCUGGAAGGUAGUUCACUUCUGCUCGUCUGGCUCUUUUUAUGUUGCAGUGGGGACUCUUUUUAUCAGGGUUGUUCCUGCUUUUUUUGCCUGUGUUGACAGACACCUCCACACAUCCUGAUCUGGCUAACUUGGUGCGGUAAUUUUCCAUCUUAAACUUCAGGCUUACCUUCCAACCAUACCAUCCACUCACACUUCCAUGCUCUUUAAGACAUGGAUGUGUUCUGACAAGAGCUUCAGCUGCUGCACCAACAUCUCCGUCACUGGGAUAGGCUUUGUAGACGUGCAUUGCUGCAGCCAUUGUCUCCAAUAUGUUGUGCUUCUGGGCCCUGUUUAAUUUCACGGUCUUUCCAGAUCUCUCGAAUGCAUUAUUUCCCUCUGCAAGGACAUGCUCCACUUCAUAGGAAAAGGUAGGCACAGGGAAAACAUCAGGCCAAGUCUUCAGGCGGUGGCUUACAGGCACAUGAGGAAGGAUGUCUGUGUCAGAACUUGCACAGGAGCUGGUGUCACUCUCUGAUCUGACAACUCUUAAUGUUGCCUUUUCUGGUAGCUCUCCAAUAUCAACCAGACAGCCGAGCUGGCCGUCAAAGUCAGGAUCCUCGUACUGUAGUGUGAACUCAAAGUCCAGUCUUUCCUUGACUUUCUCUCUCAGAAGGUUUUUGAGCUCAUCCACAGAUUCUGGCCUUUCAGACAGGGUUACUUUCACAGCAACAUCAGUAGAAAGGUAAACACGUAGCAGGAAUCUGUUGGCUGCUGACAUCAUCUGGGGUUUAAAUCCAUGAAAGAGUCGAGAGAGAGAGAGAGAGAGAAAAAAUUUACAUGUAAUCAGUGCAUAUAGUAACUGCAACAACUUGGUAUUGAACUUUACACAUCUGCAGGUCUUAACUGUGUAAUUUUAAAGUCACAAACAAUGUAAUAAUUUGGUCUUGACAAAUGCAUUGGGUGCACAAGUCUGGAAUGUGGUCAUGGAAUCUGAACUAUCAAGACUGGUUUCAAUGCAGCAGUAUGAAUCGUUUUGGUGUCAACAGCAAUUUUCCUGCAACACUGUAGGCAAAGAGGGGUGAGGUGUCAUUGAGCUCAGACAGAGUAUGGACAGUUAUGGUCCCUGGGAAAAGUUCAUAUGAUCUUAGGUGUUCAAUGUAGCAUGAUUUAUGUGCUUGGCAAAGCAAUGUUACAUCAUUAUUUACAAGGAGGAUCUGUUCAAUUUUGCUGAACUGUGGAAGUCCUCCCUCCUGUCCAACAGAAACAAACAUGCCAGUGUUGUAUGUUGUACCAUUAAUAACAACUUUGGUUGUGCUAUAAAUCACGCUGCUUUCUGUUUUUUGUUUGAUAUGUUCUUUAGCAACCUCAGGGAGUAGUGCAACACUGACAGAGGAUACAUUUGUCGUCUGCUGAUGGGGUUUAAAGAAUGAAGGUGCGCUGAGGUAGUAUGCCACCAUAUGCUGAUGCCUUGUUGCCAGUGUUUUCAACACAUUUUUAAAGUUCUUUGUGUCUUGUACCACACGCUUGAAAAAGCAAUGUUUGCCCUCAAAUCUCAUGGUCCAAAGAUGGACAAGAGGACCAAAACAGUGAAUAAGAUGUGGAUAGUGUUCGAUAAAAUGAUGCUUGGGGCGCAGUCUGAACUCAGGAAAGACCUCCAAAAGCAUUUGUCUGUGAUCCUGUAUUUUUGUCUGGAGAUACUGGAUGGAUUCAUCAUUGAAUGCAGGAGAGAGCACCAGCUCCACAAUCUCUUUCAAAUCCAUCAGUAUAGUCCAAGCAUUAUCUCCCUCAGGAACUGUAUUACCUAUUAGCAAUGGAAGUAGUCUUAACAAUGUGCCAUUCUCAUGGCCAUUACCACCAAUGGUCUUCUUUGCAGCAAAGUUCUUUGAGAUCGGUUUUGGUUUGUCAGUCUUGUCUGCAUGUUGGUAUGGAAAUGACAAAAUCUUUCUGUUUAAAUGGUCAAGUGUAAAAUACUUGAGUCGAAUCAUCUCCUGGAUACACAGUGCCAACUCCACGGGUACAAUGCCCUCAAACAGAUCGUGGAGGACAUCAGGUGGAAAACCAGUGAUGGUAUGAAAAUACUGCAAACUCUGUCUUAGGAUACACUCUCCUUUGACACCAAACUGACUUUCCACAUUGCCCUGAAGAACAUUUUGCACAUUACUGUCAUGACCAGCUUUUGUUCUCAAACUAAAUUCACCAUCCUCAACAUUAUGAGACUGAAUCAAGUCUCUUGUAGCAUUGCAAAAUCUACAAAUAUAACCUGAACUGAAGGACUGUGCAAAGCCUGCUAACGCAUGAGCUGCCAAGUUAUCAGAAACAACACAAAAGACAGUAACCCGAACUGACUUGACAAGACACUCAAUAAAUACACCAUCUUGUUCAAGAGUGUGCAAGUCUUGUAUCAAAGGACCAAGUGCUCUUUCAUAGCCACACUUCUGAAGAUCAGGUACCUUGCAUUGUGCUGCAAGCUGAAUCACAUGCAAUGCUGAUCGAUAUUUACAUGGUAGAUCGGCAAACACCCAAUAUAACGAGCAUAGUUUGUGUAUUUUUCUUGAAGUGCCCAGAGGAUUUGCAAUUUCAGUGUCAUCAAUGUACAAAAUUAAUGGCAAUGAAAGCGCUGGAGAAUUCAACAAACUAUUUUCUUGGAAAAAUGAGCCAUCAUGAUGGCUCUCAAACUGGCCUUUUUCCGAGAGCUUAGUUUCCUUGAUUUUGUCAACGAUGUCAGUAUGUUUAAACAUUUCCUGGAUCAUCUGUAGUAUCGGGACAUAAACUACUUUGCACCCAGGCUGUACCUCAUACUGCACUGGCAUUACCACAGGGAAGUUUUUUCAACAAAAGUCUUCCUGCGUUUUCUUGUGGACAACUCCUGCCCCUUUGCAGUGCUACUUGCAAAUAUAUUGGAAUCCCUAACAGAGUUCACCAAAUCAUUUAACAUGGCUACAGUAGGAGAGAUUUGAUAACUCUGUAGUACCUCUUGAAUACUUUCUUUUACAAGAGGCUGUGACAAGAUAAAUAUCUCAGUCAAAUGAUCAACAAUCUCCUGAGUUGCAACGUCAGACACAUGAAGUACAGUUUGCAUUUUGAGGAACAAGGAGGCCAAGUUAUGGUGUAACUGGGCUCUUAACUGGUUUGUAUCACAUGGAGUGUCAGCCUCAAAAAAUGUUAAUGUGUCUUCAUGCUGACUCUCUAAAGGAUCCUCAUCACUGGGGCCAGGAGUGCCCAUGACAGGGGGUCUACCCUUUUCUAUUGACACAAUGUCAUCACAAAAAUCUAAGCUACCUGCAUGUGCCCUACUUUUGUGUGCAUUAAAGGAUGAAUAGACAUUUGUUUGGUAGCUACAGUUUUUAAAUGGGCAUUUAACAUUUUCAUGUUUUUUAAGUGUCCCCUUAAAUGACUGAACAGUGUCGCUUCAGAGAAGGGUUGUUUAGAGUUACAUAAGUGACAGGUAAAAAAGGAACGUCCAACAUGUAAUUCUUCACUAGCACUUGUGCUACAUGUGUCUUUGUGAGCUCGUGACAGGUGUAUUUUCAAAGCAUUGAAUGACAGAAAUGUGCAAAUGCAAGACUCAUACAGACAUGGCAAAGGACUAAUACUUGAGUAGAGGCUAUGCUUCAAAUGGUAGUGCCUGAAUAACUGUGCUCUGGUGUCUGAAGAGACCGCACACAAGCUGCACUUCCACUCCAUCAUCUGAAUCUUAUCAUUUCACUUCAAAUACAGAUUCAGUUUGACAAUAACUUUCAACUAAUUCUUUAAUCCAGCUUGAUUUAAAACAUUGGAUGAAAAAAAAAAUCUUAGUCUUCCUAUGUGAAUUUUAUGUCUAGACUACUGCUUGGAUUACCAUAAAAGGUCAGCGUUUCCCAGUGCUGCCAAUUAUUUGUUUCUGUGGGGAAAAAAAAGAUAGAAUUUGUUAUGAUGCACCAUAAACAAUAUCAUUGCAUCUUUUCAGACUAAUCUUACAUGAUAGUUUAACAUAAAGAUCAUAGUGUUGCCAUGGAAUACCAAUAAAGAACAUAUUUUAACAUGGAUAGUCUUACAAACAACUUUGCUAUGAAUUGGGUAUACAUAGGUCAGAGUGGCUCUGGAUCAUCUGGAGAGUGGAGAAAUAAAGUAAUGCUACUUAUCUUGCUGUACACACAUCACAAACAGCUUAACCCGUGUUUUUGCCUGUGCUCUAUCACUCUCCUGUUUAGCUUUCUUCUGCUCUGACGUCCUUUUUCUAAAAGUCCAGCUCCAGUGUCCAACAUUACUAUAAAAUUAUUCUAAGAAAUCCCUCUCAGCAGAGAAAAACACAGAUGUCUCUUCUCACUACUAAACUUUGCCAGCCCACGAGGUGUUGUCAUAGUGACCAAGUGCCAUAAAUCAAUCCAUCCAACCAAAUCAGAAAGCUGUGAAAUAGCAUUUGGAAAUAACCUUCACUGUCGCUUAUAAUAUUAUUCUAAGUUGUGAAUUAUAAUCAGGCAUAUAUCGCAAAGUGACACUUUUUUAAGACUGCUUAGAAAGUCCUCACAGCCCCUUAAAAAUUGUUACACAUUAAUCUUAGACAUAUUAACAAAAAAUACAACAGCUGAUGUGACUUACCAAAAAAGUACUUCUGACAAGGGCAAAGACUGUUGGGACAAAACAGAUAAAUAUUAUAAAUUAGAGCAUUUUUUAGAGAGGGCAAAGAAAAUUCCCAUAAAUAUUUUGAUCCUUCGGAAAGAUGCAAAGGGCUGCAUCAUAUGUGUCAAAUAUGGGCUUGGCAUCAUCACAGACAAACAGCAUCAUGUUAUAAUUGACACCAAUUCAAGUUCUCACAUAACUCAGCAUAAAAGAGGCUCUCCUACAGGGUAAAAGCUACGCUGAAUAAAAUAAAAUGAACUGCAAAAAAAUGAUCAAACUCAGAGAAUAAAACCUAUGUCACAAGAAUGUUACAGUAGAUUUAAAGACAUCUAUGUCAUCAAAAGUUUAGAUAAACCACGUAAGGUGCACCAAUGGACUUCUAACUACUUCAGUAAUGUUUGUAAUGAGAUAUUUCCCUCUGAAAAAAACAACAAAGGGCAACUAUUUCUAGCAUAAGAGAGAAACAACUCCUUGUGUCAUCAAAAAGUGAUGCAUUGAAAAAUGUCUGCAGUCAAACAAGGGCCCUCUAUCGAUUUUGCCUAAUCUGGUGCAGAUCUGUAUGCAGAUCUGUAUGCAGAAUCAAGCUUAUUAUAAUAUUUACAUGUGAUUUAUGAAACAUACUUACAUAUCUGAUCAGGUAUUGACAAAUAUUGCAGUUAAGAACUAGAAAAGCACUCGGAGAGCGCAUACCUCCGCCAUGCCGUGUGUCUGUUUGUUUGUCUGUCCGUGUGUGUGUGUGUGUGUGUGUGUGUGUGUGUGUGUGUGUGUGUGUGUGUGUGUGUGUGUGUGUUUGUCUGUUAACAGCAUAACUCAAAAAGUCAUGGACGGAUUUUCACCAAAUUUUUACAGGAUGUCCGGAAGAGCAAAAGUAACAAUCGAUUAGAUUUUGGAGGUGAUCCGGAUCACCGUCUGGAUCCAGGAUUUUUUUGAAGGUCGAAGGACAAUUGAGAGAUGGCCGCCAGGCCAUCUCUCAAUUGUCCUUCGACCUUCAAAAAAAAAAAAAAAACCUGGAUCCUCAUUCAUCAACUCUUCAAAGUACUCUUUCCAUCUUCCCAUCACACUAUUGGCAUCUGUCAACACACUUCCAUCCUUAUCCUUUAUCACCCUAACCUGCUGCACGUCCUUCCCAUCUCUGUCUCUCUGCCUUGCCAACCUAUACAGAUCAGUCUCUCCCUCCUUACUGUCCAACCUAGAAUACAAGUCAUCAUAAGCCCCUUGUUUGGCCUUUGCCACCUCUACUUUCACCUUAAGCUGCAUCUCCCUGUACUCCUGUCUACUCUCUUCAGUCCUCUCAGUGUCCCACUUCUUCUUAGCUAACCUCUUUCUCUGGAUCCACUCCUGCACCUCCUCAUUCCACCACCAAGUCUCCUUAUCUCCUUUCCUUCCAGAUGACACACCAAGUACUCUCCGACCUGUCUCCCUGAUCACAUUUGCUGUAGUUGUCCAGUCAUCUGGAAGCACCUCCUGACCAUCCAAAAGCCUGUCUCAACUCUUUCCUGAAAGUCAUACAACACUCUUCCUUUUUCAGCUUCCACCAUUUGGUCCUCUGCUCUGCCUUUGCCCUCUUCAUCUUCUUCACCACCAGGGUCAUCAUACACACCACCAUCCUAUGCUGUCUGGCUACACUCUCAUCUACCACUACUUUUCAGUCACUGAUCUUCAGAUUACACCGUCUACACAAGAUGUAGUCUACCUGUGUGCUCCUAUCUCCACUCUUAUAGGUCACCCUAUGUUCCUGCCUCUUCUGGAAGAAAGUAUUCACUAUAGCCAUUUCCAUCCUUUUUGCAAAGUCAACCACCAUCUGUCCUUCUGCGUUCCUCUCCUGGAUACCAAACCUGUCCAUGACCUCCUCAUCAUCUCUGUUUCCUGCACCAACAUGUCCAUUGAAGUCUGCACCAAUGACAACUCUCUCACUUCUAGGGAUACUCUGCAUCACUUCAUCAAGGUCCAACCAGAAUUUCUCCUUCUCCUCCAGCUCACAUCCUACCUGUGGAGCAUACCCACUAACAACAUUGAACAUCACACCUUCGAUUUCUAGCUUCAGGCUCACCACUCGAUCUGACACUCUUUUUACCUCCAGGACAUUCCUAACAAACUCCUCCUUCAAGAUAACUCCUACUCCAUUUCUCUUCCUAUCUACACCACGAUAGAACAACUUGAACCCUGCUCCUAAACUUCUAGCUUUACUACCUUUCCACCUGGUCUCCUGGAUACACAGUAUGUCCACCUUCCUCGUCUGCAUCAUGUCAACCAGCUCUCUACCUUUUCCUGUCAUAGUUCCAACAUUCAAAGUCCCUACUCUCAGUCCUAGACUCUUGGUGUUCCUCUUCUCUCUCUUCCUAUGAACACACCUUCCUUCCCUCCUUCUUCGACCAACAGUCGUCCAUUUUCCACCGGCACCCUGUAGGUCGACAGCACCGAUGGCGGUCGUUGUUAACCCGGGCCUCAACCGAUCCGGUAUGGAAGUCAUACAUUUGAUUCGCAUGUUUGAUUUGGCCAAAGUUUUACGUCGGAUGUCCUUCCUGACACAACCCUCUGUAUUUAUCCGUGCUUGGGACCGGCAGAAUAAGACACUGGCUUGUGUCCCCUUGCGGCUACAUGGUUCAGCUGGUCAUAUUUAAGAUAUACAGGGACACAUUAUGGGGAAAAAAGACUUCUGUGCUGCAGACUAAAAAGAUACCAACAGAGGAUGAAAGAAAUGAAGCUGUUAUUUGGCAGACUGAAAAAUGGUGCAAGUUAGUUAGCUCACAUACAAUCUAACUCUGAAUGAUGUUUCAAAACACAGACUCUAGUAGUGGGCAAAACUCAAUUAUAAUCUUCUGACAAGUUAACAAAAAAAAAGAGACAAAAAUUAGUAGUGUUUUGAGAUAAAAUCUCUACCACAAAAUUGCAACAGGUUGAUUUAAGGUCUUAAGUAUGGGGUUAUGGCAAUUUUUUUAUAAGGAGUUAUUUUAUGAAUAAAUAAAAAUUUCAAACCCAAACUUUUAAUAUUGUCAGUAACAAUUUUAAACUUUUAAACAGGCUACAGUCAAUCUUAAUCUUUUCUUAAAAUAGUAACAGCUACAUAACAAGGGAAAACACCACACUUUGUUUACAUAAUAAUCUUGCAUUAUGUUCCCAAACAAAAUUCAAGCAUUGACAUAACUUACAGCUACUAAUAAGCAAUGAUCUCCGGAGGAUCAGACGAAUCUGUUGAGUAUAAAACAAAAUAUUACUCCAUGUGGUUAGAUUAUCAUAGUGUUAUUCUCACUAGCACACAUUUCUCAACAAAAUAAAGGCCAAUUUCUGAUUUCACUAUCAACAAUCUGAUAUUUUUUUAACAGGCUAUGUGCAAAAGUAUAGUUAAGGAAACAUCCCAGAAGUCAAUCAUGCAUUACCAUCUUUUCAUUUCAUUUUUGCUGAGUAUUUUUUCAACUCUUUACUGAGUAAAGAGUUGAAAAAAUUGACAGGUCAGUUGACUAUUUUGGAUGAAGACAAAAACUCAUUCACUAGUUGAUCUUUAGACAGAUCACAGCCAUAAAUAUACACACAUUUAAUUCAAAGAAAAAUGUGGCAAAAAUUGCAUUUCUGAUGCAUCUAUCUACUGUACGAAUUUACAAAUAUGCCACUUACAUAAAUUUUAAAAAUGCACUUGUCAGGUGAGUCAAUUAUAGGAAUUUGAAAACACCUGCACACAAAUCUGGGAAAAUUCACACACUAUUGAUGUGUGUGAUGGCAAUCAUUGUGAGUCUGUGUAUCACCUACAAUGAAAUUACAUCUGAAAUAAAACUUUCAAGACUUAGAGGGUACUAAUAUGAAACUGUAGAUUUCAAAUCCAUUUCUCUGAGACACUAAAAAAAAUAUGACGCACCUAUACAAAAUCAUCUUUAAAAAAUUUAAUGUUUCACAUGUAGGUUACCUUGAUUCUGGAUGUGCACCUCUUCGCAUCCACUUCAGCCUUAAAGAAAAACAAAUACAAGAUUAAAUCAAAACGGGCAGAUAUGAUUAACUUAACCAAUACUAAAUAUCCUAAAAAUGUCUUUAUUCCCAACUCACCAAUGUGGUGUUAUAAAUGACCAAAACAGAGUAUUUGCGAUUUUAAAAGGUUAUCUGGCAAAACAAUCAAAACGUCAAAGCAUAUGAGGCGCGCACUACGGCUGUCAGUUUUCCUCAAACUCGAACAGUUUUCAAACAUACACGCCCCCACCCCAGCAAAGAGCAGACCAUGCCGAGAAAAACGCUGUCACACGGGUUAAACUCUUGAUGAAGCACCGCUGCACUCGGCUGUACACCGUGGACGAAAGUCGACGGAUGAGCCCGCAGAUUUGAUGGAGGGCACUGAGUAAACUUCUUGACACAUAACCGACACAUAGCCCAGUCUUUGAAUUUAAGUUUGCCAUCAGUUUACAACCACCUACCACACAGCGUUCCUCAGGUGUUUCAGUGCUGUUAAUCAUAGACAUAUAUAUGUCUGUAAUGUUUGUGAGAUUAAUAAAGUCUAUCUUAUCUUAUCUUAAUGCCUGCUCGGACUGCAAACUCUUUGUUUACUGAGGUCAAGAGGGGCUGAGGGUCAAGCUGCGCAGACAGCGCCCUCUGUCGGAUGAAACUGUACACUGCUCCGGGCGCCCUGAUGUGCCGCUACACUCUACAUUUUACACUCAAAUAUGUAUUUACUAUUCGGUUACAGAUAUAUAUCCCCAUAUCCAAACGGUCAUUCUAAUAGCGAAUAUCAGGUGACAGCCAUAGCGCCCAGAGGUCUGCCCCCCCACACAUACACCACCCCCACCCCGCCUGCCGAGGAAAUGCACGUCGACUCACCGCUGUUCAUGUCUUAACUGGCGGCUGGACUCAGAACGAAACGGCGUAAUAGUGCAGGCGAAGUUAAAAAAAAUGAUACGACAAUACAGCCACAGUAACAGAAAACACUUACUGAGGGUACUGUGCAUAUAUGUGUAUAUAUAAUAGUGUUUCCUGUCCUAUAUGACCGACGCCGAAAUUGCCGCCUGACUGGUCCGCGUCCAAAAAACAAAACAAAAACGGAAAGCACCAAGCCACCGGAGCUGUCAUUUUUAACUCUGCGGGUCCGCCGGCUGCUCAACCCCGGUCUCCCCUGCUAGCUGGUCGGCUAACACCUGCCGCCGCUCGUCUGCCCGGGACAAACCGCGGCCCCCCGUUGGCCCUUGCCUACACACCCCACCGCCUCACAGCCAUUUCAACCCAGGGGAAACACUGUAUAUAAGAUAUAUAACAUAUGAUAAGCAUGCUUACCAGAUGAGGACGCACAGUAUGAAGAUUAAAAACACGCUUAACACAAAUUCCAUUGACUGACAGAGAUAGUUAGAGGCUAAACUUGGCAUUGUUCACAGCUUAAACACGAUGAUGUUAAAGGAAAAUGGCGGACUGCGCGGCGUGGGACGGUGAACUAACACUACGGCUUACAUUUGAAACUUUCUACAAAUAUUUAGCAUUAAUGAAUAAACUUUCGGUAGUUAAAACACAACCAUUUAACACAAUCAUUAUUAAAUUAAAUUAAGCAAAGCAGCUUUUUCAUACUUCCAAAUUACUCCACGUGCAGUCUCCAUCCAGCAGACAAGUAGCCAUUAGACUUUCAGAAAAACGUCAGUUUGAAGAGAGCGUCAUGACGUCACUGUACGUCUCCUUAUGUACUCGAAAGUAAUAAUUAAAUUGGCUGUGUAAACUUACAAAUGCUGGGUCAAGGAAACUUAAAACUGUAUAAGGGGUUCAGAGAAAGAAAAUAUAUUGAGUUCUGCUAACUAGAUAACACAUUUUAAGUACAGUGUAAUCACUCUUUAUAAGUCAGCAGUACUGUUCGGGUUUACAGUGUACAAUACCUUUAGCAGACUUUAACAGUCAGCUCACCUGUAUUUGCCUCCUUGCUGCUGGACCUUUCUCCUUUUUAAGGUGCCUUCAACGUACCGUAUGAUGGCAAUAGCAUUCAUACUUCAAGAUUUCCGCCCUUUUUUGGGAAGUUGGUUAACAUCUCAUUUGCCAGUGGCAGAGUACCAUGUACAUUUGAAAAUGUGACAACUGUUGUUACACAGUGGCUAAGAUUUUUACUUUUGAUCAUGUCUGCUUUCUAAGGAAGCAUUUUCUUCUGUUAUGGACAUCUCUAAUGUUCAGUUAGUUUGACAUGACAUUACAGUUACUUUCUUAAGUUUAACAGCUGUCUGCAACAGAUGGAGCACAGGAAGUGACACGCGAGUGCACAGAUCAGAAAAGUUCAUCAAAUCCAUUUCUUCUUAAAUCAAUUUGCCUAAUAUAAACAGAAUAUAACUCUAGUGUGUAUUCAGUUCUACCAUCGUGCUGACAGCUUUGUUUCUACCAUACAAUAGAGAGCUACCAUCUCAGGAUGUAAAAUAUUCUAAUAAAGUACAUUCUUACAAAAAUAUACUAAUAGCAAGUGCUUAAGAAUACAAAAAAUGGAUGCUAAAAUUUACACUUUGCUGAAACAACCACAAAUCAGCUCAUUUAAACUUCACUGGUUUUGUAUUUCAAAACGAUAUUGUUGUGGUCAUUGAUUCCUCGUAUGCUUUUUUGUCUCCUUUACUGGGCGUUGCAGAUUCACAUGGAUAUUUUACCUGCUUUAUCAGUCUUCUGAUUUUUGACAUGAAUUUAAUUUAGUUGAGUUUUCCUUAUCUCUAAUGCACUGAACUGUAUAUUCAAAAUAAAGUGUAAAGUGUGUGCGGAAGAAGGUUGUGUCACUUAGAUAAUAUAAGCAGGGGUUGCUGGUUGAAGGGUUUCAGUCCAAAAAAAACAACAUCUCGUCUGCCAUCUCUUUUUCUGCUGUGUCAUAAGAAACUUCAUCCUGUGUUUCUUUAGAUGUUGGAAUGGAAAUAUGAUCACGUAUAGAGAACACUUUUAGAUAUAUAACUUUUAUACGCUAAAACUAUUUUUUAUGACUGAAUAAAAAUACCUUCAUUUGAAACAUGCAUGGCUUAUGUUUUGUACACAUAUACACAUGUAUACUAUCCAGUACAUGAUGUUAAGUAAAUCCUUGUGUUUGUCUUGAUCAAUGGAAAAAAAUUUAUUCUAGAAAAUUUCAUCCUCAUUAAGAGUAUAAUCAUAUACUUUUUACAGAGUAAAAAGAGCAGUGCUUCCCAAAUGACUGGAGCUUACAGUUACAGGUGUCUUUAUACCACAGUCACCUGUUGUGCAUCCACUGCACUCUUUUAAUUGUGUAACUUAUUGCAUCUAUGUUGGUUUCGCUGAAUCACUUUCACUCCUUGAUGCCCAUUGUCACAAAUUUGCAACAUAUCACUUUCAUUCAGGCUGCAGCCAAGAUAGCGUAUCCAUUCCCUCAAUGCCGGUUUUUGCACAUUCAAUACGUACCUCAGAACCUUUUGCAAGCACUGGUUUCUCAUAGGACCAGCCGGAGUGGGACCUAAUUAUUAUAUAUCUGUUGUUAUUGUUAUAUAUCUAUGUAUCUAUGUUCUAUGUGUAAUAGAUAAAUGAACAAUCUCCACUUAUUUUAGCAUCACCUGGAAAGCAAAAACACACAAAAAAUGUUUUUUUGUUUAAUUGUAAAUAAAUUCAGGCGUCAAGAGGUUUUAAAGGGAGUAAAUACACAUGCAGUAACUUAUUUUACAUGUUAUAUUGGAAUUUAUUGACAUUGCUUUGUUGAAGUCUGUUUUCACUUUGACAUUAAAGAGUCUUUACUUGGA